AUGGCGUCCACACGCUCACGAAAGCUCUCUACUUCGACCUUCGACAAGUUCUCGCUGCCCCGUACACCAGAGGAAUGGAAAGUUGCACUCUAUCAAAUCAAGUUCCUCUAUACUCAGCGCCAAUACAAGCAAUGCGCUGCUCGUGCAGAAACUCUUCUUAGCACCUCAAGAGAGCCAAUUCAUGCAGUCCACAAAACCUACCUCUACUUCUACAGUGCCAUCUCCUACGAAGCUCUGGGCCGCGCAGCGCACAAAUACUCCAGCAACAAGCUCUCCCUCCUCCACUCUGCCCUAGACUGUUUCACGACCUGCAAUGCGGUUCUACCGUCGACGAUCUCAGUUCCUGAUUAUGACGGGGGCGUGAGAGUGGAAGACGCAGACGAGAGUGAGACGUCGCUUGUGGACGAUUUAUCGCCGGGCGGCUCGCUUGAUUCUUCCUUCGUGGAGACGGAAGCGGAGGUAGAUGUGGAAGCGGAGAGUCCGUCGACGGUUGGAGGGCUUGUGGGUAGUCUUACGAGGAUCAUUGAUGAUUCUAUGGCAUGGGAUGAGGAUGAUCCAUUUAUUUCGCACGAGCAUGAGGAGCAGUUUGAUCAGGAUGUUGAUGUUGGAUUGUUUAGGCUUCCAAGGGAAGAGUCGAAGGGGAAGCUUAUGCCUUUGCCGCUUCAGAUCCGGAAGCCUGAUGCAGGGAGUUGUGCAGAGAGAUCUUACCGUCCGCCUCCGCUGCCUAUCAAGAUCGUCCCAUUUGGAGCAAAGCACACAGAAAUCCAAGAACACGAACAUAUCAACGCAAUCACACGCUACAACAACACCAUCCACUUCCUCCACACCCAAAUCACCACCAACAUCACAACCAUCCACACCCUCAUCACAUCCGUCACCGCACUCCAACGCACCCGCAAGGCAUCCCGAACCCGAAACCUCCGGCGAGUAGCCUCGUUCUGGAGUUUCAGCCCUGUCCAGCCCGACGAGGAUACUAACGAUAACGGCUGUCUCGGUAGGAAUCCUAGCGCCGGAGCUAGCGCUAGCGUGAGUGGGUCACAAUCUCCUGAAUGGGGCGGGACGGAGGAGACGGAGGAGGAGCAGCAGCAGCAGCAGCAGCAGGAAAGCAAAGCCGAGCGGAUUGCGCGAUUACGGGCAGAGGGGUGGAAGACGGUUGGGGUUAGGAAUGGGCGGCGGGGGUGGAAAGGGGUUGCGUGGUACGAGGCGUACUGUAAUGGGGUUUUGGAUGAGUUGUAUCUGGGCGAGAGCCAUGGUUGA